AUGAAAGUAAUUUUUGCUUUAUUGUCUUUCGUUUUCUUUGCAUUUUCAUUAGGUCAAACUUUGGAUGUUGACUAUAAUAUCGAUUCCAUAAUAAAAAGAGCAGAUGAACCAUCACAACAAACAUUAGAUGAAGUUGAUCAAUAUUUAAAACAAUUAGUUGCCAUUGCUACUGGUAAUAAUACCAAAAGAGAUGUUCAUUAUUUUUCCAAAAGAGAUAAUGUAUUAUUAACUGCUGCUUUUACUGCAUUAAAUAAUUCAGGUACUGGUGUUCCAAUCGUGCAUGGGUUAGUUACAAAUUCAGGUUCUCAAAGUCAAGUUAUUGGUUUAAUUGAAAACUACAUUCAAACCACCACCUUAAAAACCUUAUUAUCUGCAGCUGAUCAAUCAAAUUUAGCAGUUGAUAUUGUUAUGAGAUUUUUUAUUAAUUAUAGUUUGGUACCAAAUUUAUGGACAAUUAUCUAUACUUUAUACACAAAUGGUGUUUUAUUUAAAAGAGAUUUAUUUGGUUCAAUUAUUGGUGGUAUUAUUGGUGGUGUUAAUCAAUCUAUUUGGUCAUCUUUAAUUACCUUAUUAAACACAGUUGUUAAUGUUGAACAAAUUUGUGAAUCUUUACAAAAAUCUGGAUUUGCUGUAUCAGUUGUUGAUGAUAUUGUUAGUACAAGUGACGGUAGAACAUUUGCUGUUAAUUUAGUUACUUCAAUUAUUCAAAAACAAGUUAUUACUUUAAGUAGCUUAGUCGAUGCUUUAAGUUCAACUGGAUUUCUUCAAAAUACAUUAACUAAAAUUUUAUCAAAUUCUACUUAUAGAAAAAUCAUUUUCAUUUGGGCAGUAAAUUUCUUAGUCUCUAUGAUAAAAUAUAUCUUUUAA